AUGUUGUUCUCUACUGCUUUCUCGAUGGUAGCUCUGCUUGCUGCAGAAGCCGCGGCUCAUGGUGCUGUCACUUCAUACGUGAUCGGAAGCACAACAUACCCAGGAUACCAAGGCUUCAGCCCCGCUUCAUCUCCACCCACAAUCCAACGACAAUGGCCAGACUACAACCCCAUCAUGUCCGUCUCUGAUGCCAAAAUGCUAUGUAACACGGGCACAUCUGCAGCCUUGAACGCAACUAUCGAAGCUGGUUCCACUAUAACCGCCAAAUGGGCUCAGUGGACACAUCAACAAGGCCCAGUUAUGGUCUGGAUGUACAAGUGUGCCGGGACCUUCAAAGCCUGUGACGGCAAAGGCAAAGGCUGGUUCAAGAUCGACCAAACGGGCAUGACAGCUCCUCCCUUGACCGGCACCUCGUGGGGAACCGCAAUCGUAUAUAGCAAACUUGCUUAUACGAGCACUAUUCCAAAGGCUCUUGCACCGGGCAACUAUCUCAUCAGACAUGAGCUGUUGGCUCUGCAUCAAGCGAACACACCGCAGUUUUAUCCAGAAUGUGCCCAGCUUACUGUGACGGGAAGUGGAACACAAACUCCAUCUGGUUCGUUCUUGACAAGUAUCCCGGGAUAUGCUACUUCUAGCGACCCGGGUGUUAUGAUCGAUAUCUACAGCUCGACGGCCACGACUUAUACUCCCCCUGGCCCAGCUGUCUGGACUGGUGGUGCUUCUAAGCGCUUUGAGGCAUAGAUGCGAGACUCUGCGAUGUGGUGGUGGACACUUAAUGUUGUUGCAUAGCGGAAGUCUUGAAGAUGGCGGCGUUCUUGUAUUUACAUAUCAUGUUGGAACCGAAUGAAACC